CCAAGAGGAAGUCCAUUGCGCACUACAAACUUCAGUGCAGGUCUGUGAUACGAACGAACAUGUCAAGGUUGACAACUAAGGGAAAAUGCAUUUAUCAUUUUCUUCGUAACCUGAGACUUACACGGAAAUGUGAAGCUAUUCAUGCCAGCUCUACGACGGGCAGGUUUAAAUCGCAUGACAACCACAUGGGGGCCUGGAAGUAAAUGUCCACCGUUUCUUCACGAAAUGGACAGUCAAAAUCAGUAUCCUCACCCAGAAUCCUGGAACAGCUUAAGUUGCUCUACACAGGACAAGAGGUGCAGUCACUACGAAGAAAUCUCCACGUUACAACUGCUACACUUGCUGAACAAGUAUCCCAGAAGAGUGAGAUGUCAGAGGCAGUCUACGAGAAACUAGUCGAUGAAACGCUGGAAGCACUGGCAGACUAUUUUGAGGAUCUGAUGGAUCUGUCCCGUACGCCUUCAGACUAUGACGUGACCUAUUCUAGCGGAGUGCUGACGGUGAAAGUGGGCGGAGACCAUGGCACUUACGUCAUCAACAAACAGACGCCAAACCGGCAGAUUUGGCUCUCCUCCCCUACGAGUGGGCCAAAGCGCUACGACUGGACGGGCGAACGUUGGAUAUACUCACACGACGGCAACUGCCUCCACGAGCUGCUCUCUCGGGAGUUCUCCGCCAUUUUUAACUCCGACAUGGACCUGUCAAACUUGAUUCAUUCCUAAUUGGAAGGACGCAGAAAUAUUCUUUUUUUUUGCAUUGUUAUUCUUCCAUAUAAAUAUGAGCUCGCUGACGAUGUCAGUGAAUGGUAAGCCAUUUAAAAACGAUGUGAAAGCUGAGCAGUCAGUUUCUGUAAGUGUUUUAACAGCUGUAUGAGUACUACGGCUGAAGCAAGCUAAAAGAUUAAUGUCCCGUGGCUAAUUAACGUAUGUAAUCGAUCCAGAUACCAACAAUAUUACACGGACCAUUAGGUUCUUCAUUCAGCGGAGUCUCGUGAUGCUUUAUGUACAAAAUAAAGGCGUUAAUCAUUUUGUGGUGUAGGGUUUCCGAUUACGUUUUCAGUCAUUGUUGACUUGUAACAAUGGGGGGUGUAUUCAUCGUAUGUUUCAAAAAGUAUCCAAUUAAGCUGCAGUAAAAAAGCAGUGAUUUACAACUUGUGUUGCACCAAGAAUGCUCAUAUUUGUUGAUUUGCAGGACGUGGUGUUUUCGAUGCUUUUCUAGGUUUAACCAAUGGAGCCAGUGCCACCGUAUUUAUCUCGGUUCUUCAGACAGCGUGCGCCAUAUUAACACAAAAUUCACAACUCCACAGAUUAAUUGCAAAUAUAUUUUAUUUCCUAAGUUUAUCCUGGUUUCAUCCUCGGUGUGUGUUUUACAUGCAUUUUAAAUGUAGCAAAUUGUUAUUUUCGGUUUUAUUUAAACUUUUAUGAAUGGCUUUGUGGUGGAAAUAUUGAAAUAUAAAAUCAUUCAUGAAACUA